CCCCGCCGCCAUUUUGUUCUGCGGCGCCUGGGUAUUUAGAGGCAGCGGCGGGCGCAGCGGAGAACCGUCCGCGCAGGAACGCCGUUGUGUCGACACCGCCGCCCAAGGCCGCUGACGCCGCCCCGCCAUCUUGCCUCCUUCCCCCGGCGGCGCAGCGAGGGCCGGAAGAAGAGCCGGAGUAGAAGCGUCAGCCCGACCCCGCCGCCUCAGCAGUAGCAGCAACAGCAACCACCGUCCUCUUCCUCGCCCCCCUCACCCGGCUCCGCCAUGGUCGCUGCUCCGGCCGGACCCGAGUACUCCCCCUUCUUCGCCGUCAUGGGCGCCUCAGCCGCCAUGAUCUUCAGCGCCUUAGGUGCCGCCUACGGCACAGCGAAAAGCGGCACGGGCAUUGCUGCCAUGUCGGUCAUGAGGCCAGAGCUGAUCAUGAAGUCCAUCAUC